AUGGGGAAGCAGAACAGCAAACUGCGCCCCGAGAUGCUCCAGGACCUGCGGGAAAACACCGAGUUCUCCGACCUGGAGCUGCAGGGCUGGUAUAAGGGCUUCCUGAAGGACUGUCCCUCGGGCAUCCUCAACGUGGAGGAGUUCAAGAAGAUCUACGCCAACUUCUUCCCCUACGGCGACGCCUCCAAGUUCGCAGAGCACGUCUUCCGCACCUUCGACACCAACGGCGACGGCACCAUCGACUUCCGAGAGUUCAUCAUUGCGCUGAGCGUCACCUCCCGCGGGAAGCUGGAGCAGAAGCUCAUGUGGGCCUUCAGCAUGUACGACCUGGAUGGCAACGGCUACAUCAGCCGGGAGGAGAUGCUGGAGAUCGUGCAGGCCAUCUACAAAAUGGUCUCCUCCGUCAUGAAUAUGCCUGAAGAUGAAUCGACUCCGGAGAAAAGAACGGAAAAAAUCUUCCGACAGAUGGAUACUAAUAAUGAUGGCAAACUGUCCCUGGAGGAGUUCAUCAAAGGUGCCAAGAGCGAUCCAUCCAUCGUGCGCCUGCUGCAGUGUGACCCCAGUGGUGCCGGACAGCUCUGAGCCCCCCCGCGGUCCCCACCAGCCCCCACCUCCCCCUCCUGCCACCACCACUCAUCCUUCCAUCCCCACCUCCAUGUCCCCAUGGGGAGAGCAGCAGGAGUGCGGAGCAGCAUGGCAGAGCCGCGGCUGCUCCUCUGAUGGGCACAGGGACACGGCCAAAGGGAUGAACUACGGUUGCUCACGGCCACCCCAGCACCCCCCAGCAUGCAGACACUGCCACACCAGCCCCCUCCCCACAGUCAGAGUGUACGUGGGGCCAUGGGGAGGGGCUGUGCUUUCAGUCUUUUAAUACCUGCAAAAUAAAGUGUGUGUCAGUGCAGUCAGCAGAGGGAAAAGGCUCUCCUGUAAGCUCUGAAUCCAACCUUCCUUGCAGCAGUACCAGGGCAAUAGUGAUGGACUCACGUCCUGGCCAGCGGUGAGCAGCAUCCAGUGCUCAGUGCUGCCCAUGGCUGCGCUGUGGGGUGGGCACUGGGAUGGGGAUGGGUCCUGUGCUCCACUCAGGGCUGGACAUGUUUCCGUGCUGUUGGGAUCAGCGAGCUCACACAGCCCAGUGCCAGUGGAGAGGGCUGCAAGGAGACCUGGAGAUGGAGAGCUUUGGUGGUCAAACCCUGCCCCCAACCCAGCAGGGGGGCAUGGAGUGGGAUGGCCACAGCAACUCAUAGAAAUGCAGGUGGGAGCAGAGGAGCACUGUGGGGCGAGGGCAGAACACUGCAGAGAGCAGAGCAUGCGGCCGUGGUGAGCGCUCUGGUGAUGAAGAUGAGGAGCCCAGCGAUGGGGAAGAUGAAGACCCUUUGGUUGCUGCUGGGAUCAUGGUGGUCAGGGAAGGAGAGGGGCUGAGCACUGCGGCUGCAUAAUGCAGGGACAGCCCCGGGGAUGCGCCAUGCUGGAGGGGACAAGGCAGUGCAGGGGCAGCCCCUCUUCCUCGAGGAGAUGAUGCAGGCUGAGAGGUGCCCCUU